AUGUCGGCCUCGAAAUGGAAGGUCGGCUCCUUUUUGCAGCAAGCCGUUGCGGGCGUUGAGUCCAGGCUGGACACCAUCUUAGCAGACAACGACAGUGAAGCUGCGCAGAAUGCAGACAAGGGAGAGAAGCUGGCAGAGAAGCAGCCUGGCCUCCGGGCGGGCAUGUCACCCGCCGCAUCCGGGUCUCCCAGUCUCUCCAGAAGCUCGUCCUCCGCGAGAGUCAAUGAUAGACUCCAGGAACGACUUGCUCGCGCAAUGGCGAAACAGGCCGGGGCGGGGAAUGUCGCCAGCCCGACGUCGUCGACCGGUAUACCUUCGCGAACCUCCAGUCCCCUCCCCGCAGACGGCAGCAGGACGAGUAUCGAUAGCUCCAGCGGAAACAAAGCUACAGAAGAGACAAAGUCUGAUAGCCAAUCCAUUACCGGUUCAAUUCCCCGUUCAAGUCUAGAAGCUUCUGCCGAAGACAAGCCAUUAAAGGAGGUGCAAGUCAAUGAACAGGAAGUGCCGGUUAUAUCGGAAUCCAAGGGGAUUGAUGAGAAUACGGAGACACCGGACGCUUCUAAAGAUGAAGUAGACGAGAGCAUGAGCCAGCAGGCACCAAUACCUGAGAUCGGUGUGACGAAACCUCCGCCAAACCACCUUGAAGACUAUGAAACGGCCAUGGCUAAACUCCAGGCUGAUCACGAAGCCUCUGAAUUACGAUGGCAGGAGGAGCUGCACAGCUACAUAGAAAAGAUCGAUGCGCUCCAAGCGAAAUUAAAAUAUCUAGCAAGUGAAGCAGCCGAAUCGGCUCGUAAUUCCACCACUGCUGCAGCACCCGGUACGAUAGAAAAGAAGCUCUCCGAAAAGGAGGAGAAGAUCGCUGCACUUAUGGAAGAGGGCCAGAAACUGUCAAAGACAGAGAUGGAACACCGAUCUACUAUUAAGAAGCUUCGGCAAUAUAUAGCGGAGAGCACCAAGUCUCAGGCAGAUCUCAAGAAACGGAUUGACAGUGUUGAAAAGGACCUGAGUCAAGCGAACGAUCGCGCCAAACGGGCUGAGGCAGCAGAGAAACGCGCAAUCGCCAAUUUAAACAAACAAUCAAACGCAGAAGAAGAGUUGGAGUCAACAAUAUCCGAACGGAACAUAUUGAAAGCUACUGUCUCUGAUUUGAGCUACCAGCUAUCAAGGGCGUCCGCCAGAGCCGAGGCUGCAGAGAAAAAAGCCGAAGAGGAGGCUGCGCAUAUCGAAGGACGCCAAGUUACAGAGCUCAAGGAGGAGCUCUCAAGUGCGAAAAUCGAACAUGAACUUAGCGAAGAGAAGCUUAGACGUGAGAUCGAGGACCUAAAGGAGAACCUUAAUCGAGAAAAGGAUCGCUCGCGGACUCAAGAGGUUGAGCUUCGUGGGGAGCAAUCUGUUUUAGAAAGUAAAAUGGAAAGCCUCCGCGCUCGGGCUGAGGAAGUCUCGUCAAGCACCACGGGAGAUGCACAGGCUAAGCUUCUGCGGCAGGUAGAGACUCUACAGACGCAGUAUGCGGUGGCUAGCGACAAUUGGCACGGCAUCGAGACAUCUUUGCUCUCCCGCCUAGCUAGCGUGGAGAAGGAGAGAGACGAUAUUGCGAAGCGAGAAGGGGACAUGCGUAGGAAAGUCCGUGAAUCUGUUUUAAAGGUUAAACGAGCCGAAGGGGAGUGUGAGAAUUCCCGAGAGCUUUCGCGUGAGCUAGAGCGGGAUCUAGAGGAGAGCAGACACGAACUGAAAAGGCUACAGGCGAAGCUCGAAAAGGUGGAAGAAGAACUACUUGCCUCGCAGCAGGAUUUGGCAAAACAAAAGGAGACAAUUGAUGCUAGUUGGGCACAACGGCUUGAGGAUGAAAGGACGAGAUGGCACGAGAAUAUGGCAUCGUCUUCAUCGAUGCUUCAAACCCGAGCAGAGUCAAUUACACCAAGCCGACGGUCAGACGUACUAUCCUCAUUGUCUGAACUUCCACCCAGCCGCAGGUCAUCGACGCUCCCAAAGCUAGAUACUCCUCCCUGGCAAAACUCGUAUUCAUCCCUGAAUUCCAAUUCCCUACUCCGCGGCCCCUUGACCGAUGGCUCCCCGCUAGUCGAUAUAUCUUCAGUCCAAACCAUGGAGCCCGAAGAAUAUUUCAACGGUGCUCUUACGCCAGCAACGCCCUCUGCGCCUGGGACUCACACUCAACACUCUCGCGGGGCUCAUGAUGUCGUUUCCGUUUCCACCGUUGCUGCAGGCCCAUCUGUACAGCUAGUGGAAAGAAUGAGCGCUACAGUUCGUCGACUUGAGAGUGAACGUGCAGGUUUCAAAGAUGAAUUAGCACGUCUAACCUCCCAGCGAGACGAGGCAAGACGUGAAGUCGUUGAACUGAUGAAGGAGGUCGAGGAGAAGAGAGCUGGUGACGAGCAAGUACAAGAGCUCGAAGCAAAUGUCCAACAGCUCAAUGAGAGGUAUCAAACUACUCUCGAAAUGCUUGGCGAGAAGAGCGAGGAGGUAGAGGAGUUGAAGGCGGAUAUUGCUGAUUUGAAGGACAUAUAUCGUGAUACGCUUCAAAAAUACAUACAACGAUAG